AUGUCCCAGCUCGGAUAUGGUAACACCAAUGUACAGGUCCAGCACCUGGCUGGGGAACUGGCCGAACAUUUAGGGAAACGCCCUACCAACAAGCCACUUAGUAUAAAUUGGUUGUAUGGCUUUCUAAAGAGAUGGACAGACAGGCUCUCUUCCAUAAAACCACGCGCCCUGGAUAGUGGCCGUGCGAAAAACUCAACGCCGGUGAUCGUUGAAAGCUACUUCAAAAACCUCGGGGAAGUAAUGGAAAAACACAAUCUGACCGACAAACCUCAUCUCAUCUACAACAUAGAUGAAACCGGGAUUCAACCCGAACACAGGCCUCCUAAUGUCAUCGCUGCCACUGGCAGUAAGCCGCAGGCUGUUACCUCGCCCCGCUCAACAACCACAACAUCAUUCGCAUGCGCUAACGCAGCCGGUAAUCAUAUACUACCAUUUUUCGUCUUCAAAGGGAAACGAAGCAACCCUGAACUAAUGAACGGCUCGUCACCUGGUUCGAAAUUCACAAUGUCAGAAAGUGUCUGGUCAAAUGCCGAAAUAUUCCAGCAUUAUUUGAAGGACCAUUUCCUCCCGAAUGUAUGCAGAGGUUCAACGGACCAAGCGCCGAUACUUGUAAUUUAUGACGGCCACUCCUCGGAUGUUUCCAGGCAACUAACUGAAUGGGCCAAAGCAGAGAAUAUCAUCCUCUUUGUUUUGCCUGCCCACACAUCGCACAUCCUGCAGCCUCUGGACGUGUCGAUUUUCGGCCCAUUCAAAUCAUAUUACUACCGUGAAUGUGCCAAGUUUAUGCAGGAGCACAUUGGUGAAACUGUCACGAAAUAUAUGAUGGCGAAAAUUGCUUGCAAGGCAUAUCUAAAGGCCAUGGUUCCAGCCAACAUAGUCGCAGGCUUCCGAAAAACUGGCAUUUUCCCCUGCUGCCCAGAGGUUGUUCCUGCAGAUAAGCUUUAUCCAAGCGAAGCCUUCCGAGAGACAUCACCCCUGCUCAAAAUUAUGGCAAUUAAAUCCGGAAAAGAAGCAGUUGAAAACUACCUCUUGUUGAAGGCUGAAAAAAAGAUUACAUGCGUCUGCCAGGCCUCUAAGCAACCUAAAGCCAAAAGCACAAAACCCAAGCCAGGGGGGAAGGCUAUUACAGAAGAGGCAUAUGCUGAGGAGCUGCAAACAUACGAUAAGGAAAACGCAACUCCCAGUACAUCAACAACCUCAACGCAUGCAACAACAACUUCGGCGAAAAAAGGCAAAAAUGCAGAAAGCGCCUAUCGGAAUCUCAAUCCCAAAACAAGUCUACUGCCACAGCAAAAGACGCAUUGUGCAGUGAUUCUGAGAUGGAGUUCGAGCCGGAAGAAAAAGACCUGUGCUGUGUCUGCAGGAUGA